UGGCAGAGCUUAAGGAUAUGGACAUAAGUGCCGUAGGGCUGGGAAGAGUGUGAGAAUCAAAUUGCUUAAGGGGUACAGACCCAAGUGCGCAGGCAACACAGAAUAGGGGAAGUUAGGGCUUAGUCAAGUAAGACCCCUUAGAAGAGAUGUGAUUUUAGUAAGUGUUUGAAGAUAGGGAGAGUGAUGGCUUGUUGGAUAUGAAGGGAGAAGGAGUUCCAGGAUAGAGGGUGGUCGUGGAUGAGUGAUCAGCAGUGAGACAAACGAGAUCAAGGUACAGUGAGGAGGUUGGUUAGAGGAAUGAAGUGUGCAGGCUGGAUUGUAGGAGAUCAGCAGAGUGAGAUAGGAAAGGUUCAGCUGAUUAGGUCCUUUAAAGCAGAUGAUAAGGUAUUUCUAUGUGAGGUGGAGAUGGAUGGGAAACCACUGGAGGUGCUUAAGGAGUGGAGAGAUAUGGACUGAAUGUUCCUUUAGAAAAACAGGAACCAGGGAGGGCUUGCCGCUUCCUCAGUGGUUUCCGAAAAGAGGCUCUCCACUCCAUCCAGCUGCCUGUAUGACGCUCAGAGGAGUCACAUCAGGACCCUCACCUGCUUCUCAUCUCACCACCAGGACUCACGUCUGACUCUCCUGACAGGGCCAGGGCCUGGGACUCCUCAAGCUACUGCACGUGAGCCUGAGACCUGGAAAGGUGGCCGUGAGACCCAGACUGGGUCACCACAAUCCUUGCCCGAAGACCACUCUGCCUCGAAGUGUGUGGGGGUCAUAAUGUGGCUACCUCCACGGAGCUCCCCACAAGACACUGUCAGCCUGGGCCAGGAGGGCCAAGGAAAGAGCCAGGUGAAGGGGGCUGGAUCAGAGAGGAUGGUGGAUUCAUCCCCAGCCAGUGGGGGAGGGUUGCCUUGCACAGAAGAGACUCCAGUCCCUGGGAAUCUGGAUGGAGCUUAUGGACCGGCAAGAACUAUCCCUGUGGCCCCAGGGUCCAGCCAAGAUACCAACCCAGGGAGAACCUCCCAAGUGAGGCCCCGGGGUCAUGGCAGAGCAGAACAAGCCAAGGUACUGAGCCCCCAAGCUCCUCGUUCUGAGGCGGUCUCGGGUAAAAGACCCAAGAGAGUCAGAGUUGCAGCAUCAAGAAGAACUCAACAACUAGGGGCAGCCAAGGUCCCCACGAAGUUUCCAGCCCCAGACAAGGCUCAAGCUCAUUCUCUGACCAUGGAGUCUGUGGAUGGGGAUGACGUCCCAGUGGAUCCAGCGAAUAUUUCCAUGCCCCCUGGGGGAGACCAGGCACUGCAGCCACUGAGGCCAGGCCAGAGGCAGGACCUAUUCUUUUAUGUGGGGGGCGCAAAUGGUGCUAACCUGGUGAGUGCCUACUGCCUGAGUCAGGGCUGGCAGCGCCUCCAGGACCCCCACAGGCAGGACUAUCAGCUGAAAUGGUGCGAGGCCAAGAGCCGCCAGGCCUAUUCCAGCUUCAGGGAAGGCAAGCAGCUUCUGUACCAGAUCCCCAACAACAAACACCUGACGACCAAGAUUGGACUCCUGAACAGCCUGCGGGAGUAUGGCCGGAUCAUGAGCAGAGUCAACAGGCUCUCCAUUCGCCCCCGGAUCCUGAAAAUGGAGGACUUUUUCCCAGAGACCUUCCGGCUGGACGUGAAGGAGGAGCGAGAGGCCUUCUUUACAUCGUUUGAUGAACCCCAGAUUUGGAUCUGCAAGCCUACUGGUUCCAACCAGGGCAGAGGGAUUUUCCUGCUCCAGCACCUAGAGGAUGUGGCUUCUCUCCUUGUGGACAUAAAUGACCUUGAGGGAAAAUCCAGCUACAGGAAGCUGUCAUUCCGGGCCCCCCAGCCCCGCAUCGUCCAGAGGUACAUCCAGAACCCACUGCUUGUGGACGGAAGAAAGUUUGACGUCCGCUCAUACCUGCUCAUUGCCUGCGCGGCGCCCUUCGUCGUCCUCUUCAGCCAUGGCUACGUCCGCCUGACCCUCAGCCCCUAUGACCCCCUCUCCAAGGACCUGACCAGCCACCUGACCAAUCAGUCCAUGCAGAAGAAACACCCCCUGUACCAGCUGCGCAAAGAGGAGACAGUGUGGAGCAUGGAACGCCUCAACAGCUACAUCAAUGACAAUUUCUGCAAAGACAAGGAACUUUCCUGGGACUGGGUCCUCACUGCCUUUACGAGGCAGGGACGAAGGGACCCUCAGGGUCUCACCCACAGGGGCGCUGGCUCACUGCAGAGGCGAAUGCAACAGAUCAUGACCCAUUGUUUCCUGGCCACCAAAUCCAAGCUGGACGGCAAGCUGGGCUAUUUCGACCUCAUCGGCUGCGACUUCCUGAUUGACGAGGACUUCAAGGUGUGGCUCCUGGAGAUGAACGCGAACCCCGCCCUGCAUACCCACUGUCAGGUCCUGCGCGACCUCAUCCCCAGCCUUGUCUACGAGACCCUGGACCUGGCCCUGGAGACCUUCCACAAAAGCCUGCGGAGGCAGACGUUGUUGCCGCUGGAAAGGCAGCGCCGCUUCGUGCUGCUCUACCUGGGAUCUUCGACCCCGGGACUGGGGCCCGGACCCCCGCUCGCGCCUUUGCGGAGCCGGCGUCGCCCCCCGCCCCCGGCCCCGACCUGCGGCUCCGAUCCGGACGGAACCCGCCCCCCUGGAGGCUCCCCACCCGGGCCCCCAACCCCGGCGUCCGGCCUCCAGCGGUCCGACCCCUCCCCCAUCUCCGGCCCGCCCCCGCAGGGGCCGGCGACCCCCCGGGACCCAGGAGUCCCGGAGUCCCCACCGACCAGGGGGGCCCGGGCCACCGCGAGGCCCUCAGCGGGUCCUGCCGCGGCCCGGGACGCCCCCUCCCCAGCCCGGGAGCCCUCGCCUCCUUCCAGGACCCUCGGGGAAAGCAGAUGGCACCCCGCCUCCAAGGGUUUGUAGCCAGGAGGGGCUGCGUGUU